AUAUAUAUAUACUAUAUGUAUAGCCGAGUAAAAGUUGUGUAUCUUAUAUUGAAAGCGGAUUUAGCUGAUUAUUUAAAAAUCUUGAAAACGUUUGAAUUCUUAAAAAAAUUCUUCUUGAAAAAUUCUUGAAUAAAUCUCAAACUCGAUACUCGAUACAAAACCUCAAUAGUUGUAACAAUUUAUAAACUGUAUCAUGUGCCACCGAGGUUUGAAAUUACAAAUAGUGUCCACAGCCUCAACAAUAUUUUUGCAUCUCUGCUGACCUCUAGUGGAUAAACGCAGCAGCACUCAAAACUGGGGGGAGGAGCUACCAGACAGCUUCCCCGUGUGUCUCCCUCUCUCCCAAGCUUCUAUUUCCUGGAUACUGAAAACAGAGCGGUGUAACUUUUACUAUGACAGCGAAGUCUUAUGACAACUUAGUCUAAGAGGAAACCUGUGGUGUGUUUCUUUCAGGAGACUUUCUGUUUUCAUGUUGCAGCCCAGAGUUUUGACUUACAGGAGUGACAGUCCCAUCUGUGUUUGACAGGAGACACUCCUAACCUGGACAGGCGACAGGGUGGUUUGGCAGGUAUUACAUCUCCAUGGCUAAUGUGUUGUUCUGAACAGUCCAACUUCGGUUGAGUGUUCUUUGUUAAAAAAUUUAACUUUUUUAGCUAUUUUGAAAAUAUCUUCAAUCCACAUUCUUUCAAGAAAAAAAAGCCAAGACAAUUGAAGGAUCAGUUGCACAUGUAAAGGUUUACACACAAUUGUUUUACCCAUUCAAUUUUUCAAAUAAUUUCAGAUUUAGUCAGCUUUUGAACUCAGAGCAAACUACGUCCCGAAGCUCCAAAAAUGUUUUUCUCUCCUUUUGUUUCUUAAAUCCACAGGUUCGUAACCUAUAUUUCUGACUUUGUCCCCCAGAACCGUCAAAAUGUGGCUCAUGGUCGCCUCUGUCCCACUGCUUCCUGCCGUCCUCAUGGUGUCCAGUCGAUUUCGCGUCAAAGUUUCCUCGCUGUGCCAUCGAGCUCUGGCCUGGGCGCUGAGGCUGGUGCGAGGAAAAGUGUGCGUGAGGAGCAUUCAUGCUUUUGUCUUCUCCAACUGCACCCAUGGAAAAGCUGACAGCGUCCUGGAGACCUUUGACCUGUAUGCUGGGACACACCCCUCCUUCUGCAUCAGCCCACAGACUGGUCAGUAUCCAGAUCACCUAGUAUGAGAUAGUAAGACAAAGUUUGUGUGAAAUCAGUGCAGGAGACAGAUGUUUAUGAGACAUAACUUACAUUUUCUCCGCCUUAAAUUUAGAGAGCAAGUCAAAUAAUCUUUUCUCUGUAAAGCUGAAGUCAUGUGCAGUCUUUCCUAUCGAGAACUGAUCAUUUAUAGUUCCAGUAAUGAUUCUGUGGAAGCCAGUUGGACCAGCACUGUUUACUGUGUUUUGAUUCAGUGUUUCACACAUCUGGUGAGCAGACGCACACUGUAAAGUAAAACAAAUCUGAAUCACAGACAUGUUUACUAGAAGAAAACAAGUCUGUCUUAAAUCUGCAGUUUAGAAAGGUUUAAAGAGUUACUGCAUUUAAAUCUGGAUUUAGUAAUGCCGGAACACACAGAGAAAUCAAUUAAAAAUCAGUAUCAGAAAAUAUCAGCCCUGUUGACUCACAUCUGCGUAAUGAUAAAUAACCUGUCAUGCAUCCAUGUCAGCAGCCAGUGUGUGUCUGCAUCCUGUGCUAUCUUAUUUUUAUCUUAAUCACAUUUAUGGUUUAAAUAAGAAAAGCUGUUUCACUUUAUUGUUAUUUAUUUAUUCAUUUAUUUUGCACACAGUUCAUUAAUAAUAGAGCUCAUGUUAAAAACGUGGAAAUGAUGUCUCACCCCAAGGAGUGACCCCUCCACUGGCCCAGCCGUCUACACACACACACACUCUAUAGACGGAGGUUAUGCCUGAAGCGGGUAGUUUGGGUUUGCUUCCAACUUGUCCCUCCCUGCGCUCUCACCCCAUUUCCUUCUCUGUCCACUGUCCUUUCCUCCCCAAAUAGACAUAAAAAGAGCCUGAAAAUAAAUCUUAAAAAAAGAGGGAAACAAAACACAAAUGCAUAAACAAAAGGAUUCAAUCAAACAGAAACUGGGGAGCUGAGGGAACACUAUCGUAAGAUCAUACAGAGGAAACACUAAAGGGAAGAUUAGAAAGUUAAAACAACAAAAAUAAAUAUUAUUAAUGAUCUUUAAUUAUGAUAAGAGUAAAUUAAAUUGGGGAGAGGAUAAACAGUGUAAUAAAUCACUAAAAUAUCAAAAAUACACUUCAAUAAAAAAAGACAAUAAAACACUAAAAGAUGCUUUAUGGGCAGUAUUCCAUUUACAUAUUAUAAUUGAUUCAAACUAACAUCUAGUGUGGGACACAAAUAUAUAGAUCUCCUGUUGUGAUUCUGAGGGUCUGAAAUGGACUUUAGCUGCAGCUACAAACUGAAAUAUGAAACCUGCUCAAACUCAAGUAACUCCACAAAUCACUGCUUCAAAACUUAGUGUUGAUAUUAGACUGGGAUUUUAGUUUUCUACUCAACUGUUUGUUUUAAUCUUGUAUUUUCUUUUUAUUCAUCAUGGUUUAAAAUCUAACUGUGCAUCGAUCAGCUAUAAGUUCACUAAUGAUUAUAAACUUUAAUGUAAUAAACUGUGCGCUUGUGAUUCGUCAAAUAGUUUCAGUUACUGUCGUCGUCUCCUCUCUCACCUGCAGCUGAAGCCGUAGAUGAAGUGGUGAGGCGAGUCCGUCCCUCUCGAGUGUUGGAGCUGGGGAUGCACUGUGGCUACACUUCUGUCCGCCUGCUGCGCUUGCUGCCCCCCGCUGGCAGGCUGAUCACAGUGGAGCAGGACCCCCUCACAGCAGAGCUAGGGGAGGAGAUCAUACUUGUAUCUGGUUUUAAACACACCCAGGUACAUAAGGAGAUGAAAGUUCAACUUUCUUGCUUUCAAAUCAAAAGGAAGAACGAGAAACCACAGUUUAACCGUUCAUUAUGCUCUUGUGAUUCACUGCAGUUCCAGGUGUUGACCUCCAGCUCAGCCGAGGCCAUUCAAACAUUACACUCCCACCUUGAGCCUGAUAAAGAGACCAGUGCUGGGCUUGAUCUGGUUCUGAUGGACCAUGACCCUUAACAAUACCUUCCAGACCUGCUGGCUCUGGAGACAGAGCAGCUCCUCAGCCCCUCCGGCUGCUCCGUCCUUCUGAUUCACAGGGAGCAAAGAGCUGAGGAGAUCAGAGGAGUCCUGGAUCACAUCAGAGAGAGAGUGGACUGCUUCUGCAUCGAGUCAGAGCUUCAGUUCAUGACAGAGAUCUCCUAUAGAAAAGAAAACACAAGGACAGACAAGUGAAAACAAAGGAGGAGGGUCUGCUCUCAGUUUGUAUGUGUAUCAGCAUUAUUCACAUGAGAGUAGUUUUACCCAGAAGACCUCUGGUAAUUUGUGAAUCACCCCUUAGCGCCAGUGUUUGUUUUGGCGCAUUUGCAUUGGAUAAUGGAGUCACGCUCAUGAAGUCCAUUUUGGUAGUCUGGGAGAUAGAUUUGAAAGUGUCUAUGUGGGUAAUUUAGUGGUUGCCAAACAUGAAUAAAUAAAGCACUGCACUCUUACUUCCAUACUAGAAGCCAAAGUGGUGCACCUCACACCUCGCAGCAAACAGUUCCUGAUUAUACACGUACUGUCAGCGUGACAGAGACACAAACCUGUGUGAAAAAUUAAAAACGGUACUUUACGGCGCGCUGCAAAGCAUAUCAUCUAUCUGCAUCUCGAGCUUUAGUUUGCUAUUUCUGUGAGUGGAUCUGUGUAGAGAAGUGAGCCAGCUGAAACUGCUGUCGAGACCUUUCUUUACAGUGUCCACUGCAGCCUCUGUUAUUUAGGAUGGGGCAGAAAAUACUGCUGAGACCUUUUAAAUUCAAAAUUACAACCCCUAUGUACUCAGAUGCUGUUUCAAACUUGAGUAAUAUUAUCAACUGACCUCUAUGUGUCCCAAAAUAAGCAGGUUUUUGCUUCUCAAAUCACAGACAUGGCCGAUUUACACAGGAAUGAAGAAACGCAGAUGCGAUCAUCACAAACAAUAAAAGCUCCCAGGUGAUCCCAGUCCAAUUUAACUAAGGCUUAAAAGCGUUAAAAACCUUAUCAUCUCAAGACUUAGUUGUGAGCCAAAGCAUUUUCAGAUAAAAAUGAACUAUUUUCUACAGUCUGCUGAGCAUUUUUUGAUAGAAAAGUUAUAAUUUUUCUUUAGUUAAUCUUCAGAACUUGACAAAACUUGACAUCAUCUUUGUCUUCUCUAG